UCUCAUUAGAGCACAUUGUCUUCUGAGGCUGAAGUGUCUAAAGUAACUAAAACAAACCAGCAGAGCAGGUCACAACUGAAGUAAGCAAAGAAACAAAAACAAAACACAGUGAAUUGCAUUUUGGUGAAGGUUGACAAUCUGGACCAUAAGAACCUAUUAUCUGCUCUUCUGUGACCCAAAAUUGGAUUGGGACAACUAGUAAUUUUUGGCAUCAUAUCCCUUCGAUCUGGAGUGAUCUGGUCUUAAUGGAAAGAAUGGCCUGUAAUAAAUCAUUAUGCAAUGAAACAACUUGUCUUGUAACUUACGAACUAGAUCAACAUUUGUUUCCUGUUCUCUACAGCAUUUUGAUUAUUAUCAGCAUUCCUGCCAACUCUGCAUCCCUUUAUAUAUCCUAUAGCCAAAUAAAGCAAAAAAAUGAGCUGGGCAUCUAUCUUUUAAGUUUAGCUUUAGCUGACCUGCUUUACACUUUGACCCUGCCUCUAUGGAUUUAUUAUGCUCAGAAUGGGGAUAACUGGGACCUUUCCCAGCAACUUUGCACUUUUUCUGUUUUCCUUAAGUACCUGAAUUAUUACACCAGCUCAGCAUUUCUCACCUGCAUUUCCAUUGAUAGAUACUUAGCUGUAGUCUAUCCAUUGAGGUUCCAUUAUUUGCGUACAAGAAGAUUUGCCUUGCUUGCCUCUAUCUUUGUCUGGGCCUUCGAAAUCAUGUCCAACUAUCAGGUUUUAAAGAACGAAGACAUAUUUAAUGAAACUUUUCUAUCCACAAACCAUACAUUUUGUUAUGAUACAUACCCUCUAGUAAACUGGCAGGCCCAAUUGAACUUUUACCGUGUGGUUGUGGGGUAUGCAAUCCCACUGGCCAUUAUGGUCUUCUGCUACCAGAAAAUAUACGGAGCCGUGAAGAACAAUCAAGCAACCCGAAACAGGGACAAGAGGAAAAUCAACCACUUAUUGUUGAGCAUCGUCGUCACUUUCUUUUUGUGCUUCACUCCAUAUCAUGUCGUUCUGUUCAUUCGCAGUAUCGUUGAGCCAUGUGAGUGUGACUGUGGCUGUGGCUGUGACGCUGCUCAGAGGAUGUUUAUACCUUACAGGAUUACAACUGCACUGACGAGUUUGAACUGUAUAGCUGACCCAAUUCUCUACUGCUUCGUGAGUGAAACUGGAAGAAUGGAUAUUUGGAACAUGCUCAAGUGCGGCUCUUCUGAGAGCCGAAGAGAUGCACAACUUUCACAAAAGGUUGCCAUUUCCAGUAGUUCACAGGACAAAGCCAUGAUGGUUCUGAAAUCAGAAACUGUGCUAUAGAGCAGCGAUACAGGAAUGGGGUGGGCGCUGUGGCCCUCUGUAAGUUGUUGGACUUCAAGUCUCAUCGGCCCCUGGCUGUGUGAGUGAAAAGGACCAGCCUUUUUGUGCCUGAAGAAAAGAAUAAGAUGGUGUCCUCAUCCCAAACCAGAAGCUGACUGGACUCCCAGCUGAAUCUUACUUCAUCACUGGCGUUGGGUCACUGUCUUCCACCACACCUAAGGGCAGGAGUAUGCACAACUCUGUUCUCCAACAUCUUGGUACCACUCCCCAUCCCCCCAAUAUCUAAGGCAGCUGCUUUACCCUGGCAAAAGAUACUUGGAGUGGGAGUUUGAAAUGAAUGAAGUGGUAAAGUUUGGCUUCUCUCUCUCCCCGCCCCCUUCAUCAAAUUUAGUUUGCCAUAUUUCCACAUUGGCAUGGU